UUAAAACAUACCGAGAUCACCAAACAACAUUAUUUUGUGCGUACAGAAUAUGUUUUACGUCCAGCGCUUAAAGUGCAAAAUGGCUUCAAAUGUUAACCACAGUUAUAUCGUAUCAACGUUCCUUUGUUAUAUUCGUAGUCAACGCAUCGUAGUUGAAUAAAACGGUCCGUCAGUGGUACGUUUUAGGCGCGUGAACAUUGCCCAAACGGAUAUUGUUGUAUAAAUAAUAAUUGUUUGAUAUUUUUAGUUCAUGUUAUGUGCAACAUGUCAUAAUAAACAAAUAAUCGCGACUUAUUGGGGGUCUUGUUACUUGAGCGGUUGGAUUCGAAGACGCUUGUCAUGUCUCUUUUAAAAUUGUUUUUGUUUGCAUUUUUUAUAAAUGAUUCCCUGUGUCUCACCCCGCAGUGCAGAAAUGAGAAAGGGGAACCUAUUGAUUGGUUUUACGUAUACAAAUUACCGAGGGAACGUAAUCACCUUAACCCUUUAGUGCGCAGAGGAGUCGCAUAUAUGCAUCUCACUCCAUCUAAAUUAAGAGGGGGUUGGAUCAUGUCGGAUCUAGCUAUCAGCGAUCCUAGGUCCAUGGUUGGCAGGACGCUGGCUCCUUUAUAUCAGGACAAAAACAUCAUAUCGCUUGUAUACAAUGACCAGCCGCCAGCAACUGAGUACCAACCCGAUAUAUUACAAUCUGUCGCCGAUAUGUAUUCAAAAAGCAAAAGAGGUCAAACGAAGCAAUCAAACUUAAAAAAGUAUAAAAAGUUCAAGCUCGGCGACAAAUACUACGAUGAUUACGAUCUUGCCGAAAUGUGCAAGAUGCAUUCGAAAUAUAUGAAGACGCGCGUCGAAAACGGUCAUACAAAAGGAGUGAUACUGGGGGACAAGUUCACGUCUCUUUGGCUGGUGCAUUCUGUGCCUAGGUUCCCGCCGAUACCUGAUUUGAUUCACGGCCUAAACGUGAGCGGCUACGAUUACCCAACAACGGGAAUGAAAUACGGGCAGUCUUUUCUUUGUGUCUCCGUUCAAACGUCGACGCUGAACCAAAUCGCCACACAGCUAAAAUACAACGAACCCCUGAUCGCCUAUUACAGUUUACCGCAAGAGUUUGAAAGCGAACUACCGAAUUUGGUCGACGUAGUCCACAAUAAGACGAUUGAUGCUUCUCCGUGGUACCACAUCGAAAGCUUCGAGACAUUGGUCGGUCGUAAGUUCCUCUCGUUUGCGAAGAGCGCUAUGUUCAACGAUGACCUGUACAGUGGUCUGGUCGCGGAGGUCUUACAGUCCGAUCUACUCGUCGAGUCCUGGACCAACGGGCCCGGGACUUUGGACUCGGAAUGCACAAGGAACUUCCAGGUGAGGAACAUUGAACGGAUAAAGUUUCCGAUAGCGAAAAUGUCUUUUACGUCACACAAUGAUCAUUCGAAGUGGGCAGUCGCCGUCGCUCACAAGAUGCACAACAGUCAAGACACUAAAGUCGCCGACUAUUGGGUCUGCGUCGGCGAUAUUAAUAGAGCGUUGCCACAGGAAUCUCGUGGAGGCGGCACCGUGUGCACUUCAGGACCGAUACUAUGGGGGAACUUCGCGCAUUUAAUUGACUCUGUACAAACUUGUAACUAAGGUUUAAUACGUCACUUGUAAGUAGGUAUUUAACACUAAAAAAAAUUAUCAAAUUUCUAGGCAAAAACAAAAUCAGGAGUACGUUAAUUUUCAGAUGAAUAAAAUAUUGAAUAUAAUAUCUAUUAUGUAUAAAAAUAUUUUAAUCAUAAACAAUGUUAAGGAUAUAAUUGAAGUAAUAAUAUUUUGUGAUUUUUCUAUAUAGUACAAUUGCAGCAUCGAAUGACAUUACUAUUAAUGAUAAGUUGAUAUUAAAGGAUCAUUUGAAAACAGUCUUGAGCGUAAAAUUAAGACUACUAAAACUCUUGAGAUAUGCAAUGUUUGCAAUAUGAAAUUGAUUGAUAUUUUUUUUAUUAAAGUUAUAAUAUUUAAAAUAAAUUAAUUAAAUUAAUAAAUUUAAUUAUUUAAAAAAAAACAUAAUGUAAUUGGCUGUUCUGUGUCGGCCUAGAAUCAUCCUUCUCAUCUUUUCGCGUUGGUUGGUUUCUACUAGAAAGGGUGUUAAGGUUUCACCAGAGAAUGAGUAGCAUUCUCUGAGUAAUACAUUGUCUUGUCCGGAUGCAUCAUUUAAAAUUUACGAACGAAAUUCGGUAAUAAUCCGAUAAGUCCGGUAAAUGUAAGAACGCGCGUCUGUUGAAAUGAUUUUCGCGCUGACAAACGUCAAUUGCACCAUGACAAAGCGUUUCUUAAAUUGUCAAUAAAAACUAUAUUAUGUCAAUCGUGAACACCAUAUGUGAACACUUCGAUCACGAAAAAACUCAGAAAGUAACAUUAAUUUUUAUACCUGCAUGCAUACAAAUAUGCGAAUAAAUAAUUAAGAACAAAAA